CUUUUGAAACACCUGAGGUGAGGAAAAAUCUCUGCAUUGGCCAAGCAGAAGAAACAGUAUCUGUCACUGAAGGGGAUCGGCUACCAGUGGUUCCUGCGCCGCAUAACAGAGAAGGACUUUCCACACUCUAUCUUGGAAUCAUAAACAUAUACAACCUAGAGGGACAUCAUGGGAUGCGGUAGUUCUACAACGAAAGACAAGAAAUCUGAGAUCGUGCUAAGAGCCGUGUUGAUCAUCCAGAACUGGUACCGAGGUUACAGAGCUCGGCUGAGGGCCAGACAACACUAUGCCCUCACUAUCUUCCAGUCUAUCGAAUAUGCUGAUGAACAGGGCCAAAUGCAGCUGUCCAACUUCUUCUCCUUUAUGUUGGAUAAUUAUACAAAUAUAUGUGAGGAGGAUCCAGAAUUAGUUCAUCGAUUUAUUGCAAGUCAACAGGAAAUCAAGGAUAGACAGGACUAUGUGGAGUUGAUAGAUGUCCCAGAUUCCUAUUCAGGUCCUCGGCUGCAAUUUCCUCUCACUUUUGCUGAUAUUGAUUUACUUCUUGAGGCCUUCAAGCAACAACAGAUACUUCAUGCUCAUUAUGUCUUAGAGGUGCUAUUUGAAACCAAGAAAGUCCUGAAGCAGAUGCCGAAUUUCACUCACAUCAAAACUUCUCCCUCUAGAGAGAUUACAAUCUGCGGUGAUUUGCAUGGGAAACUGGAUGAUCUUUUUUUGAUCUUCUAUAAGAACGGUCUCCCCUCAGAGAACAACCCAUACAUUUUUAAUGGUGAUUUCGUAGAUAGAGGAAAAAAUUCCAUGGAGAUCCUAAUGAUCCUGUUGGUGAGUUUUCUCGUCUACCCCAAUGACCUGCACUUGAACAGAGGGAACCAUGAAGAUUUUAUGAUGAAUCUGAGGUAUGGCUUCACGAAAGAAAUUUUGCAUAAGUAUAAGCUACAUGGAAAAAAAAUCUUACAAAUCUUGGAGGAACUCUAUACCUGGCUUCCGAUUGGUACGAUCAUUGACAAUGAAGUCCUGGUCACACAUGGUGGGAUAUCAGAGUCCACAGACUUGAAUUUACUCCAUCGUGUAGAAAGAAACAAAAUGAAAUCUGUGCUGAUACCACCAAUGGAAGUAAAUAGAGACCAUGCCAUGGAAUUUAAGCAAAAUAAAAUAGGUGUAUCUGUUUCUACAUCUGAGACAUUCAAAGCAGGCGAAACUUCUUCUGAACAUUUAUCAAAGCAUGAGUGGGAACAGGUUAUUGAUAUUCUGUGGAGUGAUCCAAGAGGCAAAAAAGGCUGUUACCCAAACACAUGUCGAGGAGGGGGCUGCUAUUUUGGACCAGAUAUUACCUCCAAGGUUCUUGGUAAAUACCAGUUGAAGAUGCUCAUUAGGUCUCAUGAAUGUAAGCCUGAAGGGUAUGAGAUCUGCCAUGAUGGGAAGGUUAUAACUAUAUUUUCUGCUUCUAAUUAUUAUGAAGAAGGCAGCAAUCGAGGAGCUUACAUAAGACUGUGUUCUGGUAUGACUCCUCGAUUUUUCCAGUACCAAGUAACCAAGGCUACAUGCCUGAAACCUCUUCAUCAAAGAGUGAAUACUAUGGAAAUCAGUGCCAUCAGGGCACUAAAAGAGAGAAUGAUUUCACGAAAAACUGACCUCACUCGUGCUUUUCAACUUCAAGACCCCAGAAAAUCAGGAAAAGUUUCUCUGGGCCAGUGGGCUUUAUCCAUGGAGAACAUUUUGGGGCUGAAGUUACCAUGGAGAACCCUGAGUUCACAUCUGGUAACAACGGACAAAGAUGGAAAUGUUAUCUACAUGUCCAGCUUCCAGGAUAUCCACAUUGAAAAACCUGUACAACAGGUUCAAUCUACUAUUGUUGAAACCGUAUACAGAUACCGAUCUGACCUGGAAAUCAUAUUUAAUAUGAUCGACUCUGAUCACUCAGGCCUGAUCUCCAUGGAAGAAUUUCGGGCCAUGUGGAAACUUUUUAGUUCUCACUACAAUGUUCCUAUUGAUGAGUCUCAAGUUGAUAAGCUGGCCAACACAAUGGACUUGAACAAAGAUGGAAGCAUUGACUUUAAUGAGUUUUUGAAGGCUUUCUAUGUAGUGCAUAAAUACGAGACGAAAUCAGACAACAGCCUUACUAAGCAGAUAUGACAGCAUCCUUCAGGUUCCUUAUAAACAGCUGGGCCCAAAUCACGGACAUAAUCCUUUCCAGGACUCUUGAAAUUCAUAAUCAGUCGAGAAAAGUGCACCUAAAUUCACACAACACAAGCAAAUGCAUAGUAUAGGCUUUGGAAGUUCCUAGCAAGCUGUUACUGGUAAGACUAGGCUAAAUGUCAGCUGAUAGGAUUUGGCUCCAGCAUGAGGACCCACACAUUGCCUGUGACAAACUGGGUUUGAAUACAGUGUUGGUUUCUUGGAUACCACCUAACCAAGAAACCAGAGCGGUUUGAAAACAUCUGAAAUGAACCCACAGAACACCGGAGAAAACUAUUAAAUGCAACAUCUGUGAGCAACUGAGG